AUGAAAAUAACUACUCAAGAAUUACAACAACAAUUAAAUCAAAUUAAAACAACAAAUGAAGAAGAACAAAAAAAGAGACAGGAAGAAAUAGAUAAUUUACAACAAAAAAUAAAUGUUCUUUCAUAUGAAAAUACUCAACUCAAUUCACAAAUAAAAAUUAAUCAACAACAAAAAGGAAGUAUCCCUUCAUUGGAUUCUUCAAUAAAUAUUUUUGAGAUAAAAGCAAGGAUAGAAGAUCUUGACAAUAAUGUAGUUAAUCUAAGUAAGUUACUAAAUGAGGAAAAGAUAAAAAAUAAAGCACUUCAAGAAGAAUUAACUUCUAAAAUCAAACGAUUAAAUGAAAUUGAAAAGAAUUUAUUGAAUACUGAAACACGUAAGUUGUUAUUUAAUUAUGUUGCACUUGGAGUUAAGUUAAUGAAUGCAUCUAAUUCUAAUAAAAAUACAAAUUUAACAGAUUUUUAUGUUGAUAUGGAAGCAGAAGGUGUUCCAAUUUGUGAAUGGCCUAUGUGGAUUAAUUCACAGAUUGAACAUACAGAAACACGACCUCUUCAUUAA